AUGGAUGAAUACUACAUCUUCGAUAAACUGGUAAGAUUGGUUAAGGUUACAACGCGUAAGGUUGUUUGGAAAGUCGAAAUACAGGACGAACAAUCACAGGAGUUUGAAACGCAUGUUGGGCUGCGACAGGGAGAUGCGUUGGCGUGUCCGCUUUUUAACAUAACCCUGGAAAAGGCGGUCAAAAAUGUCCGAAUAGACAACAGAGGAAAUAUUUUUAAUAAAUUAUCCCAGAUUUUGGCAUAUGCUGAUGAUGUGGACCUAGUUGCCGGCACAACACGCAAGCUAGAAGAAAUUAAUUGCUCAGCAAAUAUAAAUCACUCAGACACAGCUGUCCCAACUGCUAUACUUUCAAACAGAAACGAAUCUACUACGGUAACUUCAACAGAAACGACUACUAUUACACCUUCAACAACAUGCACCUCUACAAGCAUAUCAAAUUAUUCAACGUCACUAACAAAAAUAUUAUCUACAACCAACCUAACAUCUCUUGAUACAUCAACUACAGAUAAUACGAUGCCAGUGAUAUCCAAACCAAAUAUACCCACCUCACCAACCCAAUCAACUCAUACAAUCAUAACUAAACAUCCUUCAUCUUCCAGUCUAAACAAUAUUUCUUGCUCUGUUAAUGAAAAUAAAGAGAAUCCAGCACCACAAGUAUUUAGCGUAUCCAACGAGGAAAAUACAUCAAAAUCGUCCUCUAAACGAACUGUAUCUGAAGCAAUAUCACCCCCGAUUGAGACAUCAGCUAGUGACGAUGUAUUUUCAAAGCCAACUCAGAAACAAAAAAGAAUAAAAACAAAAACAUCAACAAUACCUUUAGAAACGCUAAUGCAACCAAUUAGAGAUUUAUUCAAUUCCGAAAAACAAAUGUUAACUUUCGAGGAAACAGUUGAUUUACUUGAGAACACUCAUGGAACAAAAGAUGUUCUCAGCGUUAUAAAUAAAUAUACACUUACAAAAGGCAACUACGAGGAUGAAGAACCUGACACGGAUACAUCGACUGAAUUAUCCCAGGAGCUGAACAUUCAAUAA